AUGUUCAGGAGCGCCAUCAGAACGUCGAUACGCUCGAGACCGAGCAGCUCGACCUUGCUCCGUUCGUCUGCGCCUGAACAAGUCCAGCAACGAGUUCUGUCCUCCUCUUCAAGCAGAGCAUCACGGGCGAGCAAUGGAAGCGGCAAUGUAAAAGCCAUCGUGGCAGGCUUGGUCGGCUUGGCACUGCUUGCCUCGGCUGUACCAACGCGAAGCGUGUACAACGAUCAGGUACGAUCUGCGCCAAGUAUAGCAUCCCCCGCAGCUACUUCGGAUCCUGAAGGCAAGCUCGUCUCGAUGGACGAGGUAGCUAGCUAUAACCAGCUUCCCUCAGAAGGCGGCAAGGGUCUCUGGGUGGUCAUCAAGGGACAAGUGUAUGAUGUGACCGAGUUUGUCGACAUUCAUCCAGGUGGACGCAACAUCAUCCUCAAGAACGCCGGCAAAGACGUUACCGAAAUCUUCGAGCCAGUCCACCCACCGACGGCGAUAGAAGAGAAUCUGGAUGCUUCCAAGCACAUAGGUCAAGUGGAUCCUAGCACAGUACAGAUCAAGCAGGCAGAACCGGAAUCGGACAAGGAGCGCAAGAGGAGGCUUGCACGCGAGAACCUGCCUUCACUCGGCACUGUCCUCAGCCUUGACGACUUUGAGCGUAUCGCCGAGACCAUCCUGUCGGAUCAGGCGUGGGCUUACUACUCUUCGGCGGCGGAUGACGAGAUCACCAAGGCGCAGAACCGCGCUUCUUUCAACCGCAUCGUUUUUCGCCCUCGUGUACUGCGCGCCAUCGGUCAGGUCGACAGCUCUGUCAAGCUCCUCGAUUCGAACGGUAAAGGCUUCACUUGCUCCAUUCCCGUCUACGUGUCGCCGGCUGCGAUGGCCAAGCUCGGUCACCCGGAUGGCGAACUCAACCUCACGCGCGGUGCCGGCGACGCCGAGAUCAUCCAAGGCAUUUCGGCCAACGCCUCUGUGGGACUAGACGAGAUGCUCGAUGCGAGGAAAGACGGACAGCCCGUCAUCUAUCAACUUUACGUCAACAAGGAUCGCGCUGCUUCUGAGCGCAUCCUGGAAAAGGUCGAGGCGCGAGGAGUUUCUGCCGUGAUGCUCACUGUGGAUGCGCCUGUGAUGGGCAAGCGAGAACGUGAUAGGCGUGUCAAGGGCGAAGAGGUCGAGAUGGGCGUUAAUCACGGUAAAGAUGUCAAGAAGAAAGGUGGCGGAGUAGCCGAGGCCAUCUCUGGAUACAUCGAACCCAACCUCACCUGGGACGACAUCAAGUGGUUCCGCAAAACCUGCAAGCUGCCCCUCUACCUCAAGGGAAUUCAAACAGUGGAAGACGUUGAACUCGCAGUCAAGCACGGUGUUGAGGGUGUAGUGCUCUCCAAUCACGGAGGUAGGAGUCUGGAGUACGCGCCGGCCGCUUUGGAUGUGCUCGUGGAGUUGCGUCAGAGGAGACCGGAUCUGUUUGACAAGAUCGAGGUAUUUAUGGACGGCGGGGUCAGGCGAGGUACCGAUGUGCUCAAGGCUGUAGCGCUGGGUGCCAAAGCAGUCGGACUCGGAAGAUCGUUUCUCUUCGCUCAGUCUGGAUACGGCCAGGCUGGUGUCACCAGAGCAAUUCAAAUCCUGCAGGACGAGAUUCACCGUGGCAUGCAACUGCUCGGUGUCUCUUCGCUCGACCAGCUCACACCAGAGAUGAUUGACAUCUUACCUCGACAGUUCUUUCCUAUUCCGCAAACCCGAGCAGAGCAGGAUGCCACUGCUUGA